AAGUUUUGUGCUCGGUUACGAAUUAUAUAACCAUGGCAGGAUACACGGGAUUCGUUAGGAUUAUUCGUCGGCGUUUAGUUUUGGGACUUAUAUUUACAUUGUCGCUGACUUAUUGCGCUUUUUCUUUAUUCCGCAAUGAGAGUAGAUCGAUAGAAUUGGAUAGCGAUCUCGACGAUAUGGAGGGAUUGAUAAUGAAUGACAACAACAACGACGAUAUGAUUUCUGACGACGACGUUCCGUCACAACAACUUAAAGCAUCCGGUAAACCACGUGAAUCUUGGGGGAUCGAUGUUCCAAACGAAGGAGGAGCUAAUGAUAAUGGCUUAGGUAUAGAUUCGCCGUCUAACUUAAAUGACAGCGAUACGUCUAAUCGACCAUGCCGCAAUUCUGUACAGGGCAAAGUAUUGAUAGUGGACGAGCACGGAGUAGUAUGUGCCAGGCACGAACUUUUGUCUAAUGGUUGCUGUAGCAGGGAACAGAAGCAACCGUAUAAAACGGAAGAGGCCACGAUUACGGCCCUUAAGGAGAGAUACAGUUGUAAGACGUGUAAUGCUCAAGGAUGCUGUGCUAUUUACGAAUAUUGCGUUUCCUGUUGUUUACAUCCUGCCAAGCAUAUAAAGGGAAAGAAGGAUACCGUAGAAAGUGGUAAAAAUCUUCCGAGAAUAAAGGAAGAAGAUACGGUAAAGGUGCGUCUUCGCAAUAUGGAUCGAUUUCAAACUUGCCUCGCCGCCUGUCGUACAUCCAGUGCUAGCGUGCGACAUGAGAAUACCUAUAAAGAUCCUCAUUCGAAACAUUGUUACACUCUUCAACCACCUUAUAAUCAUCAACGACAUCGUCGUGAUAUCAAGUCACUGAAUAAUAAUCGCGACAACGACGGUGUUGUCGUUACAUCUUCUUCUGUCGUGCAAUCAAUUACCCUCGACAGGGCAAAUUUCCUUUCCUGUUGUCAUCUUUGAAAACUAAUCAUCUUUAUUAUUAUUAUUAUUAUUAUUAUUAUUUUACAAAAUAGUUACCGCGCAAAUGUGAACGAGAGAGAGGUCUACAACGAGGAUCGAGCGCCGCGCACAAGCUUGGAUUUGAGUCUCCAAAUAUCCUCAUACGUUACAUUCGAAUUAGGGAAUCGUUUUUUGAAAGCCAUCAGAAUCUCAUUUUGAUUUUGUUUUUCCGUUGGAGUUUUAGCCUGCGCGAAUAAUAUUAUUUACCGUUACUUGGAUAAGAAUUUGGAAAACAAGUAAAAAUUGAUAAUAUAUAUCUAUGUUAAUACCUCGAUGUAAUAACAGUCGGAGGAGGCGUAAUGGCAAGAAAUGGCCUUUCUCGAUCCGUUGGAUCGAUUAAUGCCGGAUCCGUGUAUGAGCAAAGGAUGGAAGAAGACUGUAUCGCCGGGUUUCAUUACGAUAUAGGAUCUGUCGUCCAUCGGUGGUAAAUCCUUAAAAAGGUUAAAAAAAAAAGAUGUUAUUACGCAAAGUGUAUCGGUGAAAUACAAUCUUUUGCGAUUACUUACCCAAAUACCGUAAUAAAACUUGUUUACUGUAUUCGGUUUCGAGCCAGGAGGAUAAUCGUGCUCGUAGAGUUUAUCAAGUCCAUGAGUUCCGGGAAUAACGUAAAGGCAACCGUUCGAACGAUUACACGGCUCUAUUGCGGUCCAAGUUGCUACGAUCUUGUCGGCCGGCCGAAAAGGG